AUGUCUGGGGCCCAAUCUCGGCUCUCGAAGCUAGCCUCUCACUUCAUUCCCUCUACCCCUGCAAAAAGCGCGGAAUAUCAACAUCGUCACAAUAUACACACUCUUUCCCCAACCUUCUUUCUACCUCGAGCAGCUGCUGUUGAGCCAGAUGCGGAAGCCAUCUACCAUGUUACUGCCAACGGCAAGAUCUUGCGCCGUUCAUACCAAGAGGCCGCGGAUCGGGCAAGAGGGUUGGCGUACUACAUCAAAAAGCAUGGUCACAAGAAAGUAGGAAUACUAUGCCCGAACACACCGGCGUUCUUGGAGUCCAUAUUCGGCAUUGCUGCCGCCGGAGCAGUCAACGUUGGCGUCAAUUACCGAUUGAAGCCCGAAGACAUCACCUAUAUAUUUGAGCAUGCAGAUGCUGAAGCAAUCAUCGUUGAUGCCGAGUUUCUUCCUUUGCUCGACGGCUUUAGAAAGGCAAACCCCGGGAUACCUCUGAUCAUCGACGCUGAUACAGAUGCAACAGAGGGCGAGCUAAGUGGCCAAUUCGAUGAAGCGGUGCUGGAAGGCCUACAGUAUGACUCACAGCGCGGCGAGAAAGGAUGGGAAGGUUUGGAGGUUCAAGCGGAGAACGAGGAAGAUGUCAUUGCACUGGCUUACACAAGUGGGACUACCGCAAAACCUAAGGGGGUCGAACUUACACAUCGAGGCUGCUAUCUGGGUGCUUUGGCGAACGUUGUCGAGUCUGGCCUCAACUACCACACAGGACGAUGUCGGUAUCUUUGGACUCUGCCAAUGUUCCAUGCAAUGGGUUGGACAUUUCCCUGGGCUAUAACUGCAGUCAGAGGCACGCAUUAUUGUCUCAGAAAGAUCGAAUAUCCCGAGAUGUGGCGACUCCUCAAAGAUGAGCACAUCACGCAUUACUGUGCUGCUCCUACAGUAAACACUUUGCUGUGCGCGGCCAGAGGAGCUGAAAGGCUGCCUGAUCCAGUACGUGUGACUGUUGCUGCGAGUCCGCCGACGCCGCAUUUGUUCGAGCAGAUGACCAGUCUGAAUCUACAUCCUGUGCAUGUCUAUGGUCUUACAGAAACCUACGGGCCAAUCACCAAAGGUUAUCAUAUGCCAGCAUGGGAGUUACUUUCCAAGACUGAGAAAUAUCAGAAGAUGGCUCGGCAAGGUCAUGGUUUCCUUACCAGCUUGCCAAUCCGGGUCAUCAAAACCGAUGUUCCAGAGGGAACCAUCAUCGACGUGGAGAAGAACGGUAAAGAGAUAGGGGAAAUCAUAUGUAUAGGCAAUAUCUGCGCGAGAGGCUACUAUAAGGAUUCCGAAGCAACGAGGAAGCUGUUUCUCGGUGGAGCACUGCAUACAGGGGACUUGGCUGUAUGGCAUCCAGAUGGAGCAGCCCAGAUCUUGGAUAGAGCGAAAGAUAUCAUCAUUAGUGGGGGGGAGAAUAUCUCAUCAGUGGCUUUGGAGAGUAUGCUAGCCACCCAUCCGGACAUUCUCGAAGCAGCAGUGGUCGCGGUAGCAGACUCUCAUUGGGGCGAAAGACCAAAGGCUUUCAUCACAGUCCAGGGAGGGAAGGACCUCAAGGGCGGAGACGUCGUUGAAUGGGCGAAGCACAAUAGUGGCAUUAGCAGAUUCAUGAUUCCAAGGGAGGUCGAGAUAGUGGAUGAACUCCCUAAGACUAGUACCGGAAAAUUGAAGAAGAAUGUCCUGAGACAAUGGGCGAAAGGGGCAGAUCGGAGUCUCGUGACUUGA